CCGGAGGCGUCUGCGCUGCGCUGCGCGAGACCGGGGCGUUCGGGCGGUGGCGCGAGGCGCGCGGCCGACGGCAGCACGAGCCCGCUCGCUGGAGCCCCCGCGGGAGGAUGGCGCCGCCGGAGCUGCUGCUGCUCCCGCUGCUGCUGCUGCUGGGGCCGGCGCCCCUCGGUGCAGGCCAGAUGAAUCUGACGAGCCCUCAGAAUGUUCAAGUCGAUGUUGUAAACACAAAUUUCACUCUAAGAUGGAGCUGGGGUAGUGAGAAUGACUUCAGUGUGACAUUUUCAGCUCAAUACCAACGAAGAUUUGAGAAUUAUGAGGAAGAAGAAGAAGAAACAGAUUGGAAAGAGAUAUCUGGCUGUCAGAAUGUCACUGUCCUAGAAUGCGACUUCUCCUCAGCAAUGACAGCUUAUUUAGAUUCCUAUAAUGUGCGUAUAAGAGCUGAAAAAGGGGAAGAAAAAUCUCUGUGGUCUACUACUUUAUCAUUUGUACCAUAUUCAAUAGCUAAAAUUGGUCCUCCAGGAGUGCAGUUAGAAUCCAUAGAUGGAGUGGUGAAAAUCAACAUUUCCCCUCCAGAAGAAAAUCAGAACAGAAAAAUGUGGACAAAUGAUAUAAGUUUUACCUACAAUGCAGUGUUCUGGGAGAACUCAUCAAAUGCAGAGCCAAAAAGCAAAACUAUUAAUCGCAGAGACACAAUUUAUGAUCUUGCACCAGAGACUACUUACUGUCUGAAGGUUCAAGCACGCAUAACUUCUGAAAGAAAAGUAGGUUCCUUCAGUCCAGUGUACUGCAUUAAAACUACAGAUAAAGCGUGGAAUGUACUACCUUAUCCAAUGAAUGUGGAAGUUCAUGCUUUGAACAUGAAGUUUCUUCUAUCCUGGGAUAAUCAAUAUGAUCAAAAUGUGAGCUUUACUGUACAAUAUCUCAGUGGAUUUUUAAAGAGUCUUCCUGAAGACUAUUCAGAUAAAUGGAUCACUAUUUCUGGAUGUGAAAACAUCACUACUGCACAGUGUGACUUCUCAUCUGACAUAACCAUUAGUGGAAUUUACUUUCUCCGUGUACAAGCUAUGAAUGGAUAUAAUAAAUCACGUUGGUCUAAUGAAAUAAAAGUGGAUCCUUGUGUAGUAAAUGAAAUUGGCCCUCCAAGCGUAACAGUAAGCUCCAAUAAGGAUUCACUUCGUAUCCAGCUCACUCCUCCAGGAGAGUCUGAAAAUAAGUCCAUGAGUGAAUUUUAUGACUUAUCUUACCGCGUUCUGUACUGGAAAAAUUCUUCAGAUACUGAGGAGAAAAUCAAAGAAGAAGAACAGUUAUUAUUCACAAUCUCUGACUUGACACCCUUGGUUUUAUAUUGUUUGAAAGUGCAAGCAUUUUCACCAGCAUAUAAAAAAGAUGGUCAUUUUAGUGAUGUGGAAUGUAUUAAAACGCUUAAUGAUAAAACUUCACCUCUGACUAUUUUGAAAACCUUUGUAAUCGCCAUGAUUGCCUUCUUCUUUUUUGCAUCAUUUUUGAUUUUUGGUAUAUAUUAUAUAUCUAGACGGAUCAGAUAUGCAUUCUUUCCAUCAUGCAAACCUCCUUCAAACAUAGAGUGCCUUGGUGGACAACCUUUCAACAGUCCAUAUCUGUCAACUUCAGAGGAGCCAACAGAAAAUUGUUGUAUAAUUGAGAGUAUUGUUAUAGAGGAAACAGAUCAAACUGAUUUUAAAGACUACAAACACUCAAAACAGAGCACUCGAGAUUCAGGAAAUUAUUCUAAUGAUGAUGAUACUUCUGGAACUAAAGUGUUAGAAGAAAUGCUAGAACAGGAAACAGCAUAACUGAAAAUAACCUCAAACUUGAGACUGGCAGCCUAACUAGCAUUUUGCUGUUCUCAUUACAUAUGAAAGAGUCAUUGCCUGACAAAGGCAGGCUGAUAGACUCAUAGACUUUAAGGUCAGAAGGGACCAUUAUGAUCAUCUAGUCUGACCUCCUGCACAAUGCAGGCCACAGAAUCUCACCCACACACUCCUGUAACAAACCCCUAACCCAUGUCUGAG